AUGACGCGUCCUGGGAGUAUUGCGUCUGACUCACAUCAUGCGCAUAGUCCACUCCGUUUCAGUCAUGAGCCUGGACUUGUUCUCAACCCGUUGCGCGAGUCGGAAAAUUCUCUCCGGAACUAUUGCUUUGGAAGCGCUUCAGUAGAAGGUAAGCCUAGGCGUGACUACCAAGGCGAGCGUAGCUGCAAAGGCUACGCCUACCAAGUCAAGAACUACAUGAACGUUCAGGCCCGCCUGAACACAGACAUCCGCAAACUGUACCACAGCGUGUUCAAGUACCAUCCGUUGUACUAUGAAUCCGUAUUCUCGGCCGAGUACAAACGACAGAAGAUCGCUGAUGCCAACCCAGAUGCCGACUAUACCAUCGCAAUCACCACACAGGGGUCUUGGAAUCGUUUGCAUCACAUUCAGGCGCUGGCCGAGACAUGGAACGGGCCCAUCAGUUUUACUUUGUUUCUGGACGAUUCCUCUCAGAUGGAUGAGCUCGACAGUAUAAUUGCAGACAGUCCACUGCUCAAG